UGCAUUAAUAACACAUUAAGAAGGUGAAAAUGAAAGUGCAAAUGAAAGCAAAAUUGAGAACUGACUUGAUUCUUAUAAUAUGAAAUCGUUUAGGAAAGUCGGUGUGGAAAGUACACAUCAUUAAGAUACACAUCUUUAAAGUAGCCGAGUGUUGUGACAAACGUUGUUUGGCUUAUUAUCAAAAGAAAUAAUUCGUUAAUAUGAUGCCAUUAGGGGUUUAGAUAAUUAGACAAACUGAUUGUGCGUUACAUUAUACUGCAAUCGAUCCACUAAGACAGAUUGCAGUAAAAGUGUGGAUUGUUCAACACAGAUAAUUAAAGGUACAAUGGAUAAAAACAGCUAUGUUGGGCAAUAUGCAUGUCGGAAGAAGCUCCUCAAGAAAAUGGACAACAGUAAUAAACAGCGGUUACGGACGCUGCACGUGCAGUUAGGGACUCUUCUCAACUCAAGAAAGGCGCUCAAUUCCAAAGUUACCACAAGACACUAUGAUCAACUAAGAGAGGCUGUCGAUGCUGAAUCGGAUCCACAUGAAAUAAAAUCACGUUUGAGUCGGCUUGAACAGUCACUUAAGCAUGAGGGACUAUAUAAAAAUGUCAAGUCAGAUUUCGUGCAUUUACGAAAAGAUAUUCUCGGGGGGUCUGUUUUACUGCAUGGUUCAGAACAAGUUCCCCGUCACACCUUGCCAGGUAUAAGUCACACAGUCAAGGAUCGCACUUUCUAUAUCGCCCCAAAGAGUGACAAUGACCAAGCAGCUGCUUCAGGGGCGACAACUUCACACAAACACGCCAAUGGUCUCUCUGCAGACGACAUGAGGAUGUUAAAUACAGCUAUAGGGAAACUAUAUAGACAUUUACAGCUUAGUUCUAAGGAGCAAGAGAAUACCAUGGUGUCCGACCAUUCUCAUAAAGAGGGAAGUGUGCAAAAAGAAAAUGUGAAUAUUUUGACUUUGUCACAAAUGCAACCCGAUGAAACGUUUCAUGACAUUGUUUUAAAAUUGAGAAACUUUGAAAAGGAAUUUCAGAGACAGAAAGUUCAGCAACAAAGAGAACAAAUGAGAUUAAUGGAAGAAAUUAAAAGACUUAACAAAAAUUCUUCCGAACUACGAAGGGAAAACGAAAGAAUUAAGGGUGUUCAGCCGAUUCUUACAAAAGCUAAAGGCAAACAAGUAGAACGUCUAGAGGAAAGAUAUAGAACAGAAAAGAAAGAUAUGGAAGAAAAGAUUAUUGAGUUAGAAAGCGGAAUGAAGAAAAAUCUGGCAAUGUUACUUCACGACAAAGAGGAGGUUCGGUCCCACAUCCGGUCCGACGUGGAAAGUCUAAUGUCUUCAAUAAACAAUUUACAUUACAUGGUCCUUGGACAUUACCACGACACGCCGGCGAUACACAGGAACUCCGACGACGCCGAAAUAUUGCCGACGAAAGAUUUAUUGAACAUGAUAACUAGUGUUGCUGGUGGGGUACAAAUUUUAAAAUCAAAGUCACAAGAUUUAUUUAGACAAGCAGACGAUAUGUCAAACUGGCGGAGGAAUUUUAGAGAGCUUGAACGUGAAAUUUCAAAAUUCUGUCGAGGGUUUACAGAUGACGAUAACGAUCGGGAGUUCACCGUGGGACAGCAGGAAACUGACGCUCAAAUGAUUGUUCACAGCUGUAAAACAAAACUGCAGAAAACGAAAGAAAAUAUAAAUACAAAAUUAAAAAGUUUCGCCGAGACUUCGAGUUCGGUAAAACGGAAACAACGUGAAGUAACAAAUUAUCGUCGGAGUCUGGAGGAACUUCAGGGUGAGAUUGGUAAACUCCAUGACCAGGUUCUUUCAGUACAGAUCGAAGAUAUUUCCAUAUCGAGACCCGAGUUCGAGCGGCGACAAGACAGCGGCGACAAGUUUGACGGGUCCGGCGAUGAGCUACCGGAAGCUGAUAGGCAGGAACAGAAAGAGUUCCUUGAUAAACUGAAGCAAAUAGGGACGAUGGUGACACAUUUUCAACAACUUAUUAUCGACCGGACCAGUAUCUUGAACAAAAUGGAGAAUGACAUGCUCCCGCUAAAAAUCCGCGUGAACCGUCUGCACGAGGAGAUUACGAAGGCCAUGAACGCGGGCGGGUCACCAGAUCACGAGGGUACAGACGACAAUUUACCAAGGCGUUCGUUCUCACCGGAUGUUCCAUCGAACGCGCUUUCACGAGAAAUUGGCAACAUGCUAAAGAAACUAUCUAAAAUGGAGCUUGCAAUAAGACAUUUAUUAGAGACUUAUGCCACAAGUCAUGGGAGGGCUUCAAUAUAGGGGAAUAACUUUUCGUGUUUAUGCUUUUUGAAAACUGUGAUACAGCCAUAUUGUGAUUUAUAUACAUGUAUAUAAACAUAACAUUAUGUUUUUAUAAUGUUUUAAGUAAGAUGGGUAAAUGGUGUUCAUCAACAUAUCAGUAAAUAAGGCACGGCUUUAGAGACAGCUAUAUUGCCUCAUAUAUUACUUAUAAGACUUUUCAGGGCAGUUGGAUUGAAUAAAUGGCGCGAAUUAAUCACUUGCAGCAGACGAUUUUGUAUACCGGAAGUCUGAAAUAGAUGAAAACAAAAUUUGUAUUUCUCUUUUGAACUAGAACUACUGCACAGUUAUGAUCUUCUCAAUUGCUGUUAGUUUAAAUGCUCCGUUGAUAUUCUGUUGUUGUUUUGUUGUUGUAAUGAUGUUGUUUGUCCGUACAUAACGACUUCAUAACAGAUGAAUGACAAAUCUUUACAGCUAUAAAAGGGAAACGCUGCUUUCUCUCCGUAUUCUUGAAAAUGUUCUAUGUCUAUGUCGUUUUAUGUUUUAUGACGUCAUGACAAGAAACUGUCACGUGAUAAGUUUCGAACUGCACGUUGAAGCACUUGCACUGGACAGGGAAUUUAUGAUUUCUGAUAAAAUUGCACGUUUUUGUAUGUAGGUAUAGAUCUGUGCUUUUAGUAAGUGUUAUCUUCAGUCAUUUGUACGAGGUAAUAAAUGGUUCAUCAUUAUUUAUAUGGAAUGAAAACAGUUAAACAUUUGUUUUAUGCCAUGGCUAUGGCUAUAAAAAGAUUUCCGCAUCUUCAUAUUAGUCAAAUAAUAAAUAUAUAAAUAUAAGUAUUGCUGUUAAAAAGGUGAUAAGCAAGUACUGCUAAGAUAGCUUAAUUUUAGUUUAAAAUUGAAUAUAUUGAUCGAAAACAUUGCUGUUUUCUCUGUAAUAAAUCUGUUUAAUAAAGGGUAGGUAUGUUCAUAUUAAGAUACUGGAUAUUCCAGAAAAAAAAUGAACGACACACAUCAUAUGCCCUGAGAAACAAUUGAUAUAUUCAGAAGAUUCGGAAAAUGUUGUGAAAGAAAAAAGAAAAUCAUAAAUUGUUUUAUGGUUUAAUUGAACAGUUGACGUUCAAUUUAAUUUUAUUGAUUUUAAAAUUUCAAAUCGAGGCUCUGUUGACACUGAUUCAGAUCUUGAUAUUUCUGUUCAAUCAAAGUACCACGAACAUUAUUGUUUAAAAAUAAGUGUGCUUGUAUUGUUUGAAUAUUUCUUUAAUAUGCAUCGCUAUAUUUUUUUUCAUUUGUUGAAUA